AUGGUGAAUAUUCAUAAUGAUAAUACAACAACAUGCCGAUCAGAAAGGGGAUUUAUUAGUGAUUCAGAUUCCGUUAAAUUAAGAAAACAAAACCCCAAGAAAUAUGUUAGUUACGAAUGUGAGCAUAUUCUUUUUUCGUCAUCAUUUCAAUUAAUAAUACCAAUUUUAUUUUCUUUAUACUGUAAAUUGUAUUAUAUGUCUAUAUUCGACAUAUUUUUAUUUAUUACAUCCUUUUUACAUUGGAGAAACCCAGAAUUAGGAUUAAGAAGAGACAAUGAUAUGUUAAUGGUGCUUCUUAAUUCCAUAGCAAAAGGCUUUUUUGCUUUUUCUACAAAUUCGAUGUGUGCAUUUAUUUUUUUAUUCGGUGUGAUAACUAUAGUAUCAUUAUAUUGGAUUGGACAAAAAUUUAACUAUAAUGCAUAUAGCACUUUAUGCCACCUUUCAUUACAUAGUGUAGGAACAUUUUCAACAAUAACUCUUUAUUAUUUUUCUAAAGAAUUGAGUAUUGAUAAAAUAUAG